ACACACUUCAAAAACAAUGGCGGGACAAACGACACCGUAUUACACCCCCACCGCCAAACCCAACGCCGCAAACCACCAUCUCCUCAGUAAAAACAACGUCGUACUAACUUGUCUUGUCAUCCUUCUCUGUUCUUUCUUUUACUUAUUCGGGUCAUGGCAACCACGUGUGGACCCCUUGCCAUCCACCGUCACCUCCCUCCAUUCCACCACCGUCACCUGCGCCACCGCCACCACAUCCGCCGUUAUCAACUCAACUACUGACAAUAACAACAAAAACCUAGACUUCACAGCACACCACUCUGCCGCCAUAGACAACGACGACCGCGUGAGUGUCAAAACGUACCCGCCGUGUGACGUAAGAUAUUCGGAAUACACACCAUGCACAGACCAAAAAAGAUCCUUAAAAUACUCACGUGACCGGCUCAUAUAUCGGGAACGACAUUGUCCCGAAAAGAAUGAGCUGCUUAAAUGCCGUAUACCGGCGCCGUACGGUUACAAGAACCCGUUUAAGUGGCCAAUGAGUAGAGAUGUUGCGUGGUAUGCUAAUGUUCCACAUAAAGAUCUAACGGUCGAGAAAGCGGUUCAGAAUUGGAUCCGGUUUGAAGGUGACCGGUUUAGAUUCCCAGGUGGUGGCACCAUGUUUCCCAAUGGCGCUGAUGCUUAUAUUGAUGAUAUUGGAAAAAUAAUCAAUCUUAAUGACGGGUCGAUCCGAACCGCUAUCGAUACCGGUUGUGGGGUCGCGAGUUGGGGAGCUUAUCUUCUUUCAAGGAACAUCAUAGCAAUGUCGUUUGCUCCAAGAGAUACACACGAAGCUCAAGUACAAUUCGCCUUGGAGCGGGGUGUUCCUGCAUUGAUCGGUGUCAUUGCCUCCAAAAGACUCCCAUAUCCUUCUAGGGCGUUUGACAUGGCUCAUUGCUCUCGUUGUCUUAUCCCUUGGGGUCAAUACGACGGGGUAUACUUGAUUGAGGUGGAUCGGGUUCUUAGACCAGGUGGAUACUGGAUCCUUUCCGGGCCUCCUAUUAAUUGGCAAAAACAUUGGAAGGGAUGGGAAAGAACAAAGGAGGAUUUGAAUGAGGAACAAACUCAAAUCGAGAGAGUUGCCAAGAGUCUUUGCUGGAAAAAAGUGGUCCAAAAGGGUGAUCUUUCCAUAUGGCAAAAACCAAUCAACCAUUUGAAUUGUAAAACUAACCCCAAAAUGACCCAAACCCCUCCUCUUUGCCCUGUCCAAAAUCCCGAUUUAGCAUGGUACACGGACAUAGAGACAUGUUUGACUAGAUUGCCUGAAGUAUCGAGCAGCGAGGAAGUUGCUGGUGGUGCUAUAGCAAAUUGGCCACAGAGAUUAGACAUGGUACCUCCAAGGAUUAGUAGUCAAAGCAUUGAAGGCGUGACGCCAGAAAUUUUCCAAGAAGAUGUUUUGUUAUGGAAGAAGAGAAUCGCAUACUACAAAACCGUUAACAAUCAACUAGGACAGGCUGGAAGAUACCGUAACCUUCUUGAUAUGAACGCAUUUUUGGGUGGUUUUGCAGCUUCACUCGUUGAAAAUCCUUUAUGGGUCAUGAACAUCGUCCCUGUUGAAGCCAAGGCCGAUACACUUGGUGCCAUCUAUGAACGUGGACUCAUUGGAACCUAUCAGAGCUGGUGUGAGGCAAUGUCGACUUACCCCAGGACGUACGACCUCAUCCAUGCCGAUUCGGUUUUCAGCUUAUACAAGGACAGAUGUGAGAUGGAAGAUAUAAUGUUGGAAAUGGACAGAAUACUAAGACCAGAAGGGAGUAUAAUAGUAAGAGAUGACGUGGAUUUAUUAGUCAAAGUAAAAAGAAUAGCAGAUGGUUUAAAUUGGGAAAGUCAAAUAGUUGACCAUGAAGAUGGGCCAAUGGUAAGAGAGAAACUACUUUUUGCCGUGAAAUUGUAUUGGACUGCCCCAGCUGAUUCUGACUCAGCUGGUUCCUAAACUUCUAAUAGUCCAUUUCUAUUUUUAAUUAUAUAUAUAUUUUUUUAAAUUGAAUUUAGAUCUAUAUUGUAAUUUAAUUCUUCUUUUUUCCCCUUGCAAUAUAACAACGAUUUAAAGUA